AUGCGCGGCAUUUCCAUCCUCUUGCUGGUCGCGGCCAGUCUGGCCUCGGGCGAUGUCUUGUCCCGGGACCUAGAUGGCAACGUCGGACUUACCGUUCGAGGUGACAAUCACCCUGGUUUUGAAGGCUCAGGUGGUCCUGGUGGUCCUGGUGGUCCAGAAACUACUCCAUGCGAGACCACCACAACUGCUCCCUCGCCAACAUCGACUCCAUGUGAGACCACCACAACUGCUCCCUCGCCAACAUCGACCCCAUGUGAGACCACCACAACUGCUCCCUCGCCAACAUCGACCCCAUGUGAGACCACCACAACUGCUCCCUCGCCAACAUCGACCCCAUGUGAGACCACCACAACUGCUCCCUCGCCAACAUCGACCCCAUGUGAGACCACCACAACUGCUCCCUCGCCAACAUCGACCCCAUGUGAGACCACCACAACUGCUCCCUCGCCAACAUCGACCCCAUGUGAGACCACCACAACUGCUCCCUCGCCAACAUCGACUCCAUGCGAGACCACCACAACUACCACUCAGCCCAGCUCGCACCCGCACACCUCUCCCACUUCUACUCCUUGCGAGACUACCACUACCACUCCUACCACUCCUACCCAGCCUAGUUCGCACCCGCACACCUCUCCCACUUCCACUCCUUGCGAGACUACUACUACCACUCCUACUACCACUCCUACUACCACUCCUACCCAGCCUAGUUCGCACCCGCACACCUCUCCCACUUCCACUCCUUGCGAGACUACUACUACCACUCCUACUACUCCUACUACUACUCCUACUACCACUCCUACUACCACUCCUACUACCACUCCUACUACCACUCCUACUACUCCUACUACCACUCCUACUACCACUCCUACCCAGCCUAGUUCGCACCCGCACACCUCUCCCACUUCCACUCCUUGCGAGACUACUACUACCACUCCUACUACCACUCCUACUACCACUCCUACUACCACUCCUACUACCACUCCUACUACCACUCCUACUACCACUCCUACUACCACUCCUACCCAGCCUAGUUCGCACCCGCACACCUCGCCCACUUCUACUCCUUGCGAGACUACCACCACUCCUCGUGGCUCGCAGCCAGUAACUCACACUACGUCAACGGCCACCACUCCCUGCGAGACGGAGACAACCACUCCUCAUGGCUCGCAGCCAGUGACCCACACCACGUCUGUGGCCACCACUACCCCUUACGAAACAACGACAACUCCUGGUGCUCCCCUUACCACCACAAUGACCACAGUCUAUACUACCACAACUUGUCCUGUGACCUGGACUACUGUCGUCACCGGCUCAUCCACAAUCACGCACCCUGUGACUGCUACAAGCACUCUCACUAUCACCUCGGUUGUUACCUGCAGUGGUGGCUGCCCUCAACCUACUACGGUUCCCGCAACUACAGUUGUUGUACCCCCUCCCGUCACGACGACCAUGACUACAGUAUACACCACAACCACUUGCCCUGUGACCUGGAGCACCAUCGUCACCGGCUCGUCCACCAUCACCAGGCCGGUAACUGCUACAAGCACUCUCACUAUCACCUCGGUUGUUACCUGCAGUGGUGGCUGCCCUCAGCCUACUACGGUUCCCGCAACUACAGUUGUUGUACCCCCUCCCGUCACGACGACCAUGACUACAGUAUACACCACAACCACUUGCCCUGUGACCUGGAGCACCAUCGUCACCGGCUCGUCCACCAUCACCAGGCCGGUAACUGCUACCAGCACUCUCACUGUCACGUCCGUGAUUACUUGCAGCGAAGGAUGCCCUCGUCCCACCUCGGCGAUGGAGACCACCACUGUCGCACCUCCCCCCAUCGUGGUGUCCUCAACUAGCGAGCCAGCUCCUACUCAACCAGUUGCCACUGAGACUGUCCCUGUUGGGGUAUCGCCUGUUCAGUCUUCAGCGGCUGCCCCGACUACCACUAGCAUUGCCGAGACGACCACACCUGUGGCCCCUCCUGCCUCGAGCCCUACUUUUAAUGCUGCCUCCUCCCAGUUCCAGCGCUCCUUGGGUGGACUCAUUCCUGCUCUCGCUAUGGUAUUCGCACUGGUUUGA